CAAUCAAAAACUUACAAAGUAGAGUAGAAAUUUCAAUCUCCAAGCAAUUCUGUGACGAUUUUUGACAAUUAACAUCUUUCAUAUUCAUCGCAGUCUUAUAAUUACACACACCCACAUUCAAAUUUCACUCCCACUUCUCUUCUCUUCUCACUCCACCGCAAUAAUGGGCGCACCCAACUCAGCCCCAGCGGACCAGAGCCGGAAUGGCCCUUGACCCACCUCUCCGGCAUUGUUCCCGAUGGGGAAAAACGACGGAGAACAGCCACUGCCGUCCGCCAUCGACUCCAGGCCGUCCGGCCAGGUUGCCGAUGGCCGAUGCUGUUGUGGGUGUGUUUCGAUUCGAAGGCUCAUUGGCUUCAGAUGCAUCUUCAUUUUGCUAUUGUCCGUUGCCUUGUUCGUUUCUGCUGUUUUUUGGCUGCCCCCUUUUCUCCAUUAUGCAGAUCAAAAGGAUCUGGGUCUCAAUCCAUCGUAUCGAGGUCAUGAUAUAGUGGCAACAUUCAAUGUUGAGAGACCGGUCUCUUUGCUGGAAGACAAUAUCGAGCAACUCCGAACGGAUAUUUUUGAAGAGUUCAACAUACCUUCUAUCAAAGUGGAUAUCCUAUCUCUAGAAUCAUUACCUGGAUCAAACCGUACAAAAGUUGUGUUCAGCCUCGAUCCAGAUACUGAUGAAUCAGAAAUCUCGUCAACUUAUCUUAGUUUAAUCAGGUCGACCAUUGUAAGUCUAGUAACGAAUCAGUUCCUCCGCAUUACUAAAUCCAUGUUUGGAGAGGCCUUUUCGUUUGAAGUACUGAAAUUCCCCGGAGGAAUAACGAUAAUCCCGCCACAGAGUGCAUUUCUUUUGCAGAAAGUGCAAAUUCUUUUCAACUUUACGUUGAACUUCUCUAUUCAUCAGAUUCAAGUACAUUUCAGUGAACUGACCAGCCAACUGGAGGCGGGAUUACGACUGGCUCCAUAUGAGAUUUUAUAUGUUAAACUUUGGAAUGCGGAAGGUUCAACCGUGACUGCCCCUACAAUUGUCCAGUCGUCUGUACUUCUUGAAGUUGGAAAUACUCCAUCAAUGCGACGGCUGAAGCAGCUAGCUCAAACAAUCUCAGGUUCUAAUUCUAGCAACCUCGGCCUGAAUAAUACGGAGUUUGGAAAGGUGAAGCAAGUUCGCCUUUCUUCAAUUCUUAAACACUCCCUCAAUGGCAGUGAAGGGAAUGGCCCCACAAGGUCACCUUCUCCUGCUCCUAUGCCCCAGCCCCAUAACAACCCCCCGACUCAUCACCACCACCACCACACCCGUCUAACCCCUGCAAUUUCACCUGCCCCUGCAACCGAGAAGGGUGCACCAGAAUACGGUUCGCCUGCCCCUGAAAGAAGCACAGCAUCACCUAAGAGAAGUUACACGGCAAAGCCACCUGGUUGUCAAUAUAUCAAGAGGAAGUCUGGUAGGAAAGAAGGAAAGCAAUCUCAUUUAACCCCGCUUGCUUCACCCAAUGUAUCUCCUGAUCAUUCUGCUGCAUCGCCAUCACCAUUGCCACAACAUAAAGUAAACCCACCAGCAGCACCCAUCGUUCCAGCUCCGGCAUUAACUCCAUUGCCAAACGUCAUUUACGCUCAUGUUCAACCACCUUCCAAAAGCAACUCCAACCACCCCGAAAAAUCCACGACGAAUCCAUCAGAUGCGCCAUCUCCAUCUCCAUCUGGUGCUGAUCGUUGUUGCAUGAUCACUCAAUGGGGAUUCACACUGUUUCUUAUUCUCGCAUGCCAUAUGUAACAUUCAAAAAGAAGACUACUGGUUUUCUCAUGAACAUGUGUCGACGAUGACACAAGAGAUGCCAAGGUUUUUAUAAAAUGAUAAAAGUGCAGGAGUUUCUUUAAAAAGUGUGAGCAGAGUAGAGGAAAAGCAAAGCCAAAGAGGCAUUGCUUGUUGUAAGAUGGUUUCUAAGUGUGUAAAUAUCAUCUGAUUAAGAAACUUGUUGCUGAUGCAGUUUCAGGUCAAAGUCCACAGGGGUGGCAGGCCUUCAGAAACUUGCAUAUUUUCCCACUGUUUUGUGUAUUAUGAUCUUCUUCUCCAUAAAAUGUAAGGAGAUAGAGAAGGAAAAAAAGGAGAAAAAAAAAAAAGAAAAAAAGAAAAGGAAAACAGAGUAAAUGCAUAACUUUUUUCUUUUACCAUUGUGUUUCCCAUUCACUUUUUGUUCUGAACUCUUAGGCUUUUUGUACCCAAAAUGGCA